GACGGUUCACGGGGAUGGAGGGGCACCGGAGUGGGCAAAGAAAGGUGGGCCUAGAAUCUUCUUGUAUAGAUGGGGAGCGGGAGGAUGUGUCUAAAGCACUCCGGAGAUGGAGGCCUGGGUUAAAACUCCCAGCACUGGGGUCUAGAGGCUGGGCUAGAAUCUUCUUUUGGAAGGGAGCAGUGUUGGAUGUUUCCUUAAGCUGUAGGGUGGGACCAGAGCUUUCCCAAGGAACCCCCAGUGCUGUGUCCAGAUUCUGCAGGGGAAGGUUGCUGGGACCCUGGCCCCACCUUGCCAGUGGAAUGUCAGCCACACUGGAUCUGAAAUCGAAGGAGGAGAAGGAUGCCGAGUUGGACAAGAGGAUCGAGGCUCUUCGGCGAAAGAAUGAGGCCCUCAUCCGGCGCUACCAGGAAAUCGAGGAGGACCGGAAAAAAGCCGAACUUGAGGGAGUGGCUGUGACAGCUCCCCGGAAAGGCCGCUUGGUGGAGAAGGAGAACAUGGCGGUGGAGGCGGAGAAGAGCUUGGGUCCCUCCCGGAGGUCUCCUGGGACCCCACGACCUCCAGGGGCCAGCAAGGGAGGCCGGAUGCCCCCCCAGCAGGGAGGUCGGGCAGGCAUGGGCCGGGCGGCCCGCAGCUGGGAGGCCAGUUCUGGGGAGCAGCCUCGAGGAGGAGCUGGUGGCCGUGGCAGGAGGGGCCGGGCCAGGGGGUCCCCUCAUCUCUCUGGAGCUGGAGAUGCCUCAGCUGCCGACCGCAAAUCCAAGGAGUGGGAGGAGCGGCGCCGGCAGAACAUUGAGAAGAUGAACGAGGAGAUGGAGAAGAUAGCAGAGUACGAGCGCAACCAGCGGGAAGGUGUGCUGGAGCCCAACCCGGUGCGUAACUUCCUGGAUGACCCCCGACGACGCAGCGGGCCCCUGGAGGAGCCUGAGCGGGACCGGCGGGAAGGCAGCCGCCGGCAUGGGCGCAACUGGGGGGGGCCUGACUUCGAGCGGGUGCGCUGUGGCCUAGAGCAGGAGCGGCAGGGCCGCCGGGCCGGCCUAGGCGGCGCUGGUGACAUGACGCUGUCCAUGACGGGCCGGGAGCGGUCAGAGUAUCUGCGCUGGAAGCAGGAGAGGGAGAAGAUCGACCAGGAGCGGCUGCAGAGACACCGCAAGCCCACUGGCCAGUGGCGGCGGGAGUGGGAUGCCGAGAAGACCGACGGGAUGUUCAAGGAUGGCCCAGCUGCUGCCCUCGAACCAUCCCACCGCUAUGAUGACGAGGCCUGGACACGGCCCCCCAAGCCCCCCACUUUCAGGGAGUUCCUGACCCAGCACAAAGCGGAGGUCAGCCGCAGGAGGAGGAAGAGUAGCCGACCCCAGACCAAGGCAGCCCCUCGUGCCUACAGUGACCAUGAUGACCGCUGGGAAACGAAGGAGGCAGUGUCCCCGGCCCCUGAGGCCCCCCAGCCCACUGCCCCUGAGGAGACGGCCACGCAGCCACUGGAGACCCCAGCUCCUCCUGCCCACCGGCCCCCUGAGGAUGAGGGGGAGGAGGAUGAGGGGGAGGAUGAGGAGUGGGAAGAUGUGAGUGAGGAGGAGGAGGAAGAGGAGGUCGAGGAAGAAGAAGAAGAGGCUGAUGAGGAGGAGGAAGAACCAGCCCAAGACCACCAACCCCCGGAGGCAGAGGCCACCAGAAGCCCUACGGGAAGCCGCACCGGAAGUCCCACCGGAGGUGACCAGCCAGCCCCAGCCUCCCUGGAGAGUGGGCCCAGCCUCCCAGGAACCCAGAAAGCUGAGGAGGAAAGGUCUGACGCAGCUCCAGAGGCGGGCACCGAGGGCCAGGAGACCGCGGAGAUCACCGACUUCCAGAGGGUGCGUUUCUGUAAGGUGCUGGCUGCCGCUCCACCACCGGGGGCCGCCCGCUGACCGCGCCCGCCGACCGUGGCCUCUGCGCUCUGCACUAACCUGCCGCCUUGCGCCUCUGUCCUCUGCUUCCGUCACACUCCCGCCAGAAGAGGGUUAAAUGUAAGGGGGGGCGGAGCCAGGGACCGUGAACGGGGUGGGGUCAGGGCAAUAGUCCCGUCUCACGCUUCAGGGGGCGCCGUGGCACCGGGAGGGCUGAGACGCCCCCUAAUCACCCACCUAAUGGAAGCCAUGGGGUGAUAGAUGCCGGUCCCCGGGCCUAGAUUGCUGCCUUCCGGUUUACAUCUGGGGCCUGGCAGAUAGCCGGUGACUCUUCCACUGGACUCGGAAUUACCGGGCCACCGCCCCGUCGCCUAUUAAACGCAGUGCUUCCGCUAACCUUUGAACUGUGUUUCUGGCCGGGCAGGCUGGGUUGCUAUGUUUGGCGGGCU